AUGGCUCGCUUGACAGAGACAGGAGAGAACUGUUUUCUGUCAACAGUCUGUGACACCGUCUCCAGCGUGCAAAUCAUGUGCCAGGUGCUCUAUGACGAUCCCGUCGUUUUCUCGCAGCACGGUGGAGAGGCCAGCGAGUUUGGCGUGUUUGACGAGAGGGCAUGGGUUGCGUCCAGACGAGAUGCUGACCCUGCCACGCUAGCUGAGACUUCGAACCCAACACCUUUGAAGCAGAAAAGUGAAGUUGAAGCUAAUGUUACACAGUAUGCUUUGUGGACGUCGGAAUACAGCCCGGCGCACAACCAGUCCGCAGAAGAAGUUGUUGACUUGGAUCAGCUGGCGCAAGCUCGGAUCGGAUGUGACAUCACCAAAGUGCCCGGCGACGGAUGGUGCUUCUUUCAUGCCGUCAGUCGGCACUGCAGCAAGUGGAACACGUGGUCGAUAACGCACGCCGCAGAAUUAUACCUGCAGGCGUUGGAGUGGUUGUGCAAUCAGAAAUAUGGUCCGAGGGCAGAAGACGUUCAGCUUGCCUGCGUGCCCUUCGAUGAUCGAGAACUAGAGUUGCAUAAGCAGUAUCUUCUGCGCGCGCACAAAUCCAACCCGAGCUUAGCAGAGCUCACGGACUCAGAGAUUGUGCUUUUGAGCAAGCUAGUUGCGGUGCUACAGAAACCGCGUGCCUUGGACUCCAUCCACCAUGGGUCUUUCGUCGAACUAUGGGCGCUCGCAGAGACAUUCGAUUUUCACUGCCUGAUUUGGAGUCAGGACGUGGACCACAACCUGUGGGUGCGAGACCAAGCAAUUGUUAGUGACCAAGAAGCCCAUGCAAGACUACAAGAACAUCCACAAGUGUUAGAACUUCUGCACCGCCAACUCGGCGUCGCCGGCCAUUACGACAUAGUGGACAGAUCUGCGUCGCUGCGGCCGCCGUUUCCGGACACCACCUGGACACUGGAGUGGAAACGUGCCGGAGCUGACGCCGUCUUGCAGCGGGCAGCGGACACUCUAGAGACGCCUGUGCCACCCUUACCGCCGCCGUGCGAGCCGCCGCAAAGUUCGCCGCAAGAGCAUCGCUCACGCAAAGGAAGCACGGCGGGGCUCGACGGUGAGAUCGACAAACCGACCACAGACGGCGUGUGCCAGGGCUCUUCCAGACCAGCACGACGUCGCCGGACAGGCGUGCGCAUCGCGCAGCAUUUCCAGCCAAGUUGCGCGGAACAUAGCUCCUGCAAGCACGAGACGUCUGUGCGCUGUGACGGAGCCAUCGAACAAGAAGACCAUGUGGCCUCGCAUCCACCGACAGCAACCGCAGCCACCGAUGCACAGCAACACACAGAUCCAAGAUCCACCGUGCAGAGGGGGGCAGACGACGUCUGGCCACAGUCCAACGCAGUGGAAGAAUCCGAAGGAACGGCCACGGACGUGGACUUGGACAGUGUGCUGUCGUGGGAUUCCGAAUCUAGUGGAAGGUCCAAUGACGCAGACCUACCAGCGGUCGUCGAACCACAUAAAAGCUGGGUGACGAUAGAGGACCGCGCAAUAGACAGCGCCAAGCACUUGGCGACGCACUUCCGGUUACGCCCUUUAUUGCCAUGCGUGUUGAGUGACAAAGACUUGCAAAAAUUAGGUUCAAACUCUGGAUUAGUGUAUCCCGCAGUGCAUUGUGCGUUCGACGGUUGUCAGUGGGCUUCUGAUGUGCAACCAUGUCAUCCCCACUGGUCAAAAGAAAAAGUCUGGCGCAUAGAAGGCACGACUUGGUCACACUCAGCCAGAGCCUGCUGCGGCAAUGCUGCCACGUGCUUGUGGGCGCACCUGAAAGAAAACCAUCACGCAGUCUUCGAGGAGGCAGCGCAUCGCGCAGCCGGAGGCUCGGCCGAGCUCGCAAUUCCCAGCCAAUACGUGAAUGCCUUGUUGCAGAAAGAAGAUCAACAAGUGCCACAGGUCGGUUGGAGUGUGGAUCGUCGAACCCUGCGACGACUGCAGAAAGAAUUGCAGGAGACGUCGUGCGAAGCCUUGAUAUGUGCAUGCUGUGCUCGCAUCCAUGCCGGGGGUGCUGCUGGGGACAUUGCCUAUUUGUCCGCAGCGGAGUUGUUUGGUUCCCUUUCUCUAGAAAGCUUCACCUGCAACUGGAAUUUGGAUACAUACAUGAAGCAGUACGCCACCAGUGCUUGCGUCCGCGACCGCUUUGACGCACAUGAAUGGUCGCGCCUUUUGCCUGCCUCUCUAUACAAUGGCCAAAAGAUUGUGUGUUGCCCAGAAGACUUGCGCUGCACAGCUUGUGAUGUAGGCAAUGGGCAGCUUUGCGAAACAUGUGAGCUUCCUAUCUGCCACCAAUGCCUGGUGCAGAUGUUCGACAAACAUGUUCUUGCAGUUCCACAAGCUCUAGCCAAUGACAACUGGUACGGCUACCCCACAGAGUUGUUAUACAAACACAAAGUGCGGUGGAUAGAAGCAGCCGCCGCUAGCCCAGUGUGGACGUCCGUCGUCACGUAUUAUGUAGAAGCAGACAGAGGGCACCUGGUGGAAGAAACCCUCCACCGCGCGGAGCAUCGUUCUGCCGUUCGAGGUAACGUUUCCUCAUUUAGCUUACCUUGGGAAGAAGUCUUGCAAGCGUUCGCUCCACAAGCAAACACUAGCAUGCCGUGGACAAACUUGCCGCAGAAGCCCAAAGUUCUGCAAGCCCUGGUUAAGAUUACUGUGAAAGGCAUGCGUCACAAUGAGGCGAUAGAGUGGGUGGCCGGCGCACGGAUCCGACCAUGGGUGGUCGUUGCAUUGUUGCAACAUUUGAUCGACUUGCAGCAUCCAAUGUGUGACAAUCACAUCUCCCCGGAGAAAGCAAAAGAAGAAGUGAAACAACGGGUCACAAAUAUAUAUGGCACGGAAGAGACAAUGCCGCUCGGGGAAGGCAUUCUCGAAGACGUGCCUGUGGCCGCGCCACUCUCGUCGGCGCAAUCCACCCACAAAGCGCGACCCGCCAAGUCUUCGCGCUCGCGUCCGGCAGCGCCAAAGCAAAGCCCACCAGCAAGUGCACGGCACAGUGGCCAAGCUUCAAAGCCCGUUGCAGAGGUAUGUCCCGACGCAAAGCUGUCAAAGGUAGCCGUAGACACUGCAAGUGGCGACCAUAGCAUCGUCACGACCGACGACCAUAGCCUGAUCAUGGGUACGCGGCUACUGCCUAGCGAGCUUUCUCGUGAUCCUAGUCAGAGCCAGCAUGCACUUGCACGCACCACAGUCUCCACCACACCAACCGAGCUCUCAGUUGUGGCCUCCGACAACGCCCAGAGCAUCGCUCGGGGCGCAUCGAUUGUUGUCGCAGCCGACGACAACCCCUGCAUUGCCGUCGCCAGAAUCAGCGUGGCGUGCCAAGGAAGAGGCGUCGCAAAGUGUAGAAGCCUAUGCCCAGAAAGCAGCGCGUGCAAGCUGUGA